AUGUCACGUUCAAUAAUAAGCAUUUUAAUUAUAAUUUCAAUUAUUGCCAUAACAUUGGCCGAUAAAUUACAAUAUCGUCCAAUGUUAGAUGGCCGUAUUGUUGGUGGUCAACCAAUUGAUAUUAAAGAUGCACCAUAUCAAGUAUCAUUACGUAAACCAAGACAUAGUUGUGGUGGUAUUUUAAUAUCAAAAGAAUGGGUAUUAACAGCAGCACAUUGUACAACAAGUUUAUCACCAUCAACAUAUAAAAUAUAUAUGGGUUCAUCAAAUAAUUUACGUGAUGGUAUUGAAGUAUCUGUUACCGAAGUACAUCCACAUCCAGAAUAUACAAAUUUAGAUUGGGAUUUUUCAUUAUUAAAAUUAGAUAAUUAUAAUGCAAGUGAUGUUGUUAUUGGUUUUGCUGAAUUACCAGAACAAGAUGAACCAGUACCAGAUGGUACAUUAUUACGUGUUAGCGGAUGGGGUAAUACACAAGUACCAUCAGAUGAUCGUGCUGUUUUACGUGCUGCUUAUGUUGCAAAAGUAAAUGAAGAACAAUGUGGUGUUGCAUAUCCAGGUAAUAUUAGUGAUCGUAUGAUUUGUGCUGGUUUCAAAGAAGGUGGUAAAGAUUCAUGUCAAGGUGAUUCUGGUGGUCCAUUAGUAUGGGGUAAUAAAGCUGUUGGUGUUGUUUCAUGGGGUUAUGGUUGUGCUAUACCAAAUUAUCCAGGUGUUUAUGCUAGAGUUGCAUUUGCAAGAAAUUGGAUUCGUGAAGUUAGUGGUGUAUAA